AUGAGCAACUCAAUCAACAUCGAUCUCAGAGGUCUCACUCCUGCUCCAGUCACACCUUUCAACGAGGACGGUUCCGUCGACUACGAUGCAAUUCAGCGUCUUGGUUCGUGGCUGGGAAGCAUCGAAGGUGUCACUGGUCUCGUUGUUCUAGGUCAUGCUGGCGAAGGAACAUUCCUGACUCAAGACGAACAAGAAAAGGUCAUCAGAGCCUUUGUCCGAUCUGUCGACGACAGAAUCCCAAUUAUUGCCGGUAUCACUGGCGAAGGCACCGAAGUAGCAGCACUCGAAGCCAAGCGUGCCAAAGCUGCCGGUGCAAAGGCUGGUCUGCUCUACCCUUCGCACGGAUGGUUGCGUUUCGGUUAUCAAGAUGGUGCACCUCAAGACCGUUACAAGGUUGUCUACGAGACCAGCAAGCUCCCUCUUAUUCUUUUCCAAUACCCCGACAACACAAAGGCAACCUACAGUCUGCAGACUAUGCUCGAUAUCUCAGCACAGCCUGGUGUGUUCGCCAUGAAAAACGGUGUCCGCAACAUGCGCCGCUGGGACGUUGAGAUUCCCAUCAUCCAUAAGCAGCGCCCUGAUCUUCAGAUUCUGACUUGUCACGACGAGUAUCUUCUCCACACAGCCUUCGACAUUGAUGGUUUCCUCGUCGGAUACGGCAACAUUGCCCCCGAGCUCUUGAUCCAGAUGAUCGAGGCCGGCAAGGCCAAGGACUACGCCAGAGCUAGGCAACUGCACGAUCAGCUGCUUCCUCUGACUAGAGCUGUCUACCACCGUGGAAGUCAUAUGGAAGGCACUGUUGCCUUGAAGCACGCUCUUGUGGCAAGAGGCAUCCUUAACCACGCUACUGUACGCUCACCGCUUAUGCCUCUCGCCGAAGGUGCAGACAAGGAGAUUCAUGCUGCAGUCCAAUUUGCAGAUCUGCCAAAGAUCAAUGUCAGCAAGCUUCAAUCGAAUGGAAGCAAUGGAGUGAACGGAAGAAAUGGUACUAACGGCUAUCACUGA